AUGCCACACCGUGAAGGGGUCAAGAAGCAAAAGAUCAACGCAUACAAUGUGUUGUUGCUGUGUUUUAUCGGCCUGGGGUCCAUGACCUACGGCUACACCGCCUCAAUUAUUGGAACCACUCUAGGCCAGCCGUCUUUCAUCGCGUACUUCGACCUCGCCACCAGGAGUAAUGGGACCGACUUGAUCAGCACCAUGAAUGGUCUCUUCCAGACUGGCGGCACUUUAGGGACUCUGAUGCUUCCAUAUGUCGCAGACAAAUGGGGUCGCAAAUGGGCGAUCGCGGUGCCCGCCGUCAUUGCUGUUGUUUCGGGCGCCUUCUUAGCCGGGAGCACGCAUAUCGCCGAGUUCUUGCUCUUUCGAUUCUUUGCUGGAGCUGCGGCUUUCAUGAUCCUCGCUGCCGUACCAAUUUGGAUGUCUGAAGUUGUCCCUGUUGACUUGAGAGGAGCAUUGGUCGAUGUGCAUGCCGUCUUUCUUAUCCUCGGUUACACUGUUCAAGGCUGGGUCGGCUUUGGGUUUUACUUCUGGGAUGGAGGCUCGGCCACGUGGCGCCCACCUUUGGCUCUCCAAUGCGCUUGGCCUCUCCUGCUUCUCUGUGGCCUUUACUGGGUGCCAGAGUCGCCACGCUGGCUUGUCAUGCAAGGCCGUAUCGAGGAAGCAAAGCAGGUUCUGUUCAAGUUGCACUCCGACCCUACGGAUCCGGACAAUGAGUUCGCCAAUGCCGAGUACUUCCAGAUCAUGAAGCAGAUCGCCAUUGACAAGACUUUGGGCAAUUCGUGGAUGCACAUGAUCAGGAAGCCAUCUUACCGAAAGCGAUGCUGGCUUGCGAUUGGUACGACGGCCAUUAUUCAAUGCUCUGGCGUGCUGGUCAUCAACAACUAUGGACCAACACUCUAUGCGAACCUUGGAUUCAGCCCCGUCAAACAACUCCUCUAUCCCGCGGCAUGGCUUACUCUUACUCUUGGAAUCAACAUCAUGGCCAUGGCGACCGUUGACCUGUUCGCUCGGAAUCGGUACAUGUCCUUCGGCGUCCUGGGCUGUAUGGUCACCCUCAUCAUCGAAGCGGCGCUAGUGGCCGAGUUUGUGCCUUCCAACAAUCAGUCGGCCCUCCUCGCGGCUGUGGCCAUGUUCUUCAUCUUCCAGAUCUUUUACGGCUUCUGUCUCGAUGGUACACAAUUCAGUUACCUCAACGAGCUGUUCCCCAGCCACAUCCGAGCCAAGGGCGUCUGUUUAGGCGUCUCCAUGAUCUCCCUCAUGAACAUCAUCUGGCUCCAGGCCGCGCCAACUGCCUUUGAAAACGUCGGUUGGAAGUUCUACCUCGCUUUCAUCAUUCCCGGAACCAUCGGCGGCCUCGUCAUGCUGUUCUUCUUCCCGGACACCAAGGGCAUGCCCCUUGAGGAAAUCGCUGCCAUCUUCGGUGACGCCGACGAAGUUGCCAUCUACCAACGUGAUAUUGAAAUCGACCACAACACCCACACCAUCAUCACUCAUGAUGGCAGUGGGGAAAAGGCCAACACGGGCGUUGUCACCGAGGAUGUGGAAAGCUCCAGGACACCCCCGAAUAGACUUUGA